GCGCGGGAGGCGGGGCGGCGGCGGACGGGCGGCACUGUGAGCACGUUCAGGCGACCGGUCGCCGUUGCGUUCGGGCCGCGCAGUUCGGCCGCCCCUGAGAGCCUGGGCUGUUGCUCCUUCCAAGCGCAGGGACCAGGCCGAGUGGGCCUGUGAGCGCCUCGCUCCUUCUCCCCCAGGUCCGGCGCCCCAACUUGGGUUCAAGGGCCCCAGGGCUCACGCCCACCCACCCCGCACUGCCUUCUCCCUUCUUUUCCCGGGAGAAUUAGGUUUUUCUUCCCCACAGUUGUGUCCAGUGGCCUCAGGGCUCCGGAAAGUUUCGGAUGAGCCUAUCCCCAUCCCAACAUUUAGAAAUGGUGCUCUGGAACCUGGGAGUCCUGGGGAGUCGCCCUUAGGGCUCCCGGUCGCCGGCUUCUGCGUUCUUUUUUCAUCUCCAAAGUUGAGGAUCCCCUGCCUGUCUCCUCAAACUCCCUACCGCCCAAGGCGCCAUGGCCCUUAAGCCUUGGAGUGAGUGGAGCACGGCCCUGUCCCACCUGGCGCUAGGAGUGGUGUCUCUGCAUGCAGCCGUGAGUACUGCUCAGGCAAGUCGAGGGGCUGCUGCUGGCUUCCUGCUCCAGGCCUUGGCCACCGCCACCAUGCUGGCCCCCGGGCUGGGCACAGAUGAAGACUAUCUUGCUGGAGCCUGGGUAGCCACUGUCAUUGGUCUGCCCCUUCUUGCCUUCGACUUCCACUGGGUGAAUGGGGACCGCUCCUCCGCCAACCUGCUCUUGGGAGGGGGCAUGGUGCUGGCAGUGGCUGGGGACCACCUUGGUGCCGAGGGCCGCUCUGUGGCUGGUCAGGCGGUGGUGCUAGUGGUCGCAGUGACCAUCCUCAUUGUGGCUGUUUUCACGACCAACAUUUAUGGAAUGUGGGGGGGCGCCAUGCUGGGUGCUGCAGGCCUCCUGAGUCGGCUGGAGGAGGACAGACUGCUGCUGCUGCCAAAGGAGGACGUCUGUCGAGGGGCCCUGGCCGCGGGGAGUUGGGCCUACCACCGGGCACUGCACACACAGCGCCUGCAGUGGGAGUGACAGUUGGAGACAGCAAGGCAGGGCUUCUGCCCUGGCUAUCACCUUCCCCUCCCAUGGACCUGCUCCUGAGGCCUCCUCCUCUAGGGAUAGACUCUCCUUUCCCUCAAGUGGGCUUGCUGCAUGGUGACUGGUCAGGGGGCAGAGUCUGGGCACUGCCCCUUCUCUGGCUGAGUGUGGGGACUUGUUUAGAUCAGAAUGAAAGGGUCCCAGGCAUGUUUUGGGACCUGACUCUGGGCAGGCCAUGGUCGUAGAUCCAGAGAGAGGCUUGGUCUCCAAUAAACCUUAGGGAUUCAGCAGAAA